CCUGAGGAGAAUGUCCCAGAAAUCUUGGAUAGAAAAUACUUUUACCAAGCGGGAAUGUGUGUAUAUUAUACCAAGUUCAAAGGAUCCUCACAGAUGUCUCCCAGGAUGUCAGAUUUGUCAGCAACUUGUCAGGUGCUGCUGCGGCCGCUUGGUCCGGCAACACGCCUGCUUCACAGCGAGCCUUGCCAUGAAGUAUUCCGAUGUGAAACUGGGUGAAAACUUUAAUCAGGAACUGGAAGAGUGGUCGGUGGAAAAGCAUACAGAACAGAGCCCGACGGAUGCUUUUGGCGUCAUUAACUUCCAAGGGGGCUCUCAUUCUUACCGAGCCAAGUAUGUGCGGUUGUCCUAUGAUACAAAACCCGAAGCCAUCCUCCAGCUUAUGCUUAAAGAAUGGCAGAUGGAACUGCCCAAGCUUGUUAUUUCCGUUCACGGAGGGAUGCAGAAAUUCGAGCUUCACCCACGCAUCAAACAGUUGCUUGGCAAAGGCCUUAUUAAAGCCGCCGUGACAACAGGAGCGUGGAUUUUAACUGGAGGAGUGAAUACAGGUGUCGCAAAACAUGUCGGUGAUGCCCUCAAGGAACAUGCCUCUCGAUCAUCUCGAAAGAUUUGCACUAUUGGAAUACCUUCAUGGGGAGCAAUUGAAAACAGAAAUGACCUCGUUGGGAGAGAUGUGGUUGCCCCAUAUCAAACCCUGCUAAAUCCGUUGAGUAAACUAAACGUCCUAAACAACCUUCAUUCCCAUUUCAUCCUGGUGGACGAUGGAACAGUUGGAAAAUAUGGGGCAGAAGUUAAACUUCGAAGAGAACUGGAAAAAACUAUCAAUUUGCAAAGGAUCCAUGCAAGAAUUGGCCAGGGUGUCCCUGUGGUGGCACUCAUAUUUGAAGGUGGUCCCAACGUUAUCCUCACUGUUCUGGAGUACCUUCAGGAAAGUCCUCCUGUGCCGGUGGUGGUUUGCGAGGGGACGGGCAGAGCCGCAGACAUCCUGGCUUACGUCCAUAAGCAAACAGAAGAAGGAGGGAGUAUUCCUGAUGGGGCAGAACCUGAAAUAAUUUCAACCAUCAAAAAGACCUUUAAUUUUGGCCAGAGCGAGGCGGUUCACUUGUUCCAGACACUGCUGGAGUGCAUGAAGAAAAAAGAACUUAUCACCGUAUUCCAUAUUGGGUCUGAUGAGCAUCAAGAUAUCGAUGUUGCAAUCCUUACAGCGCUGCUAAAAGGCACAAACGCUUCCGCAUUUGACCAGCUUGUCCUUACCCUGGCAUGGGACAGAGUGGACAUUGCCAAAAAUCAUGUUUUUGUGUACGGGCAACAGUGGCUGGUUGGAUCUUUAGAGCAGGCUAUGUUAGAUGCCCUUGUGAUGGACCGAGUUGCCUUUGUGAAACUACUUAUUGAGAACGGAGUGAGCAUGCACAAAUUUCUUACAAUUCCCAGACUGGAAGAACUCUACAACACUAAACAAGGCCCAACUAAUCCAGCGCUGUUUCACCUUGUUCGAGAUGUUAAACAGGGAAACCUUCCUCCAGGUUACAAACUCACUUUGAUUGACGUGGGGCUCGUGAUUGAAUAUUUGAUGGGAGGAACCUACAGGUGCACCUAUACGAGAAAGCGCUUCAGAGUGGUAUACAACAGCCUCAGCGGCAGCAACCGGCGGUCUGGCCGAAACACUUCAAGCGGCACCCCUCAGUUACGUAAAAACCACGAACCUUUUGGUAACAGGGCAGAUAAAAAAGAGAAAAUGCGGCAUAACCACUUCAUCAAAACUGCGCAGCCUUACAAACCAAAGGGCGAUACCGUUGCAGAAGAAGGAAAAAAGAAAAGAACCAAAGAGGACAUAGUAGAUAUUGAUGACCCGGAAACGAGGCGCUUUCCUUAUCCUCUUAACGAGCUGCUGCUUUGGGCGGUGCUAAUGAAAAGGCAAAAAAUGGCCCUCUUCUUCUGGCAGCACGGGGAGGAGUCCAUGGCCAAAGCCUUAGUGGCCUGCAAGCUCUACCGUUCCAUGGCCUACGAAGCCAAACAAAGUGACCUUGUUGACGAUACCUCGGAAGAACUCAAGCAGUAUUGCGAUGAGUUUGGACAACUGGCAGUCGAGCUGUUAGAACAGUCGUUCCGGCAAGACGAAACCAUGGCUAUGAAGUUGCUAACUUAUGAGCUGAAAAACUGGAGUAAUUCCACCUGCCUUAAGCUAGCAGUGUCUUCACGGCUUCGCCCGUUCGUCGCUCACACGUGCACGCAAAUGUUGUUGUCUGACAUGUGGAUGGGAAGACUGAACAUGAGGAAGAAUUCAUGGUACAAGGUGAUACUGAGCAUCUUGGUUCCCCCUGCCAUACUAAUGCUGGAAUACAAAACCAAGGCGGAAAUGUCCCAUAUACCGCAGUCCCAAGAUGCGCACCAAAUGACCAUGGAAGACAGCGAGAACAACUUCCAGAACAUAGCAGAAGAGAUACCAAUGGAAGUGUUCAAAGAAGUAAAAGUCUUGGACAGUAGCGAUGGGAAGCUCGACAUGGAGACAGCAAUAAAGCCCAAGAGGCUUCCAGUUACUCGGAAGUUUUAUGCCUUUUAUCACGCGCCAAUAGUGAAGUUCUGGUUUAAUACGUUGGCCUACCUAGGAUUUUUGAUGCUUUAUACAUUUGUCGUCCUUGUGAGAAUGGAAGAGCUGCCUUCCAUUCAAGAGUGGAUUGUCAUCGCUUACAUUUUCACAUUGGCUAUUGAGAAGAUUCGUGAGAUUUUCAUGUCCGAGGCCGGGAAGGUUAGUCAGAAGAUAAAAGUAUGGUUUAACGAUUAUUUCAACGUCAGCGAUACGAUUGCCAUCAUCACUUUCUUCGUUGGUUUUACGCUAAGAUUUGGAGCGAAAGGGAACUUUAAUGAAGAUACCUAUUCGUUAAAUCAUGUUUUUGUUGCUGGAAGAAUAACUUACUGUCUGAAUAUAAUCUUCUGGUAUGUGAGGCUGCUGGAUUUCCUGGCUGUAAACCAACAGGCUGGCCCUUACGUCAUGAUGAUUGGGAAAAUGGUGGCCAACAUGUUUUACAUUGUAGUGAUCAUGGCCGUUGUCUUGCUCAGUUUUGGAGUCCCCAGGAAGGCAAUACUUUACCCUCACGAGGAACCAUCCUGGGUUCUAGCGAGAGAUAUCGUGUUUCAACCCUAUUGGAUGAUCUUUGGUGAAGUUUACGCUUAUGAAAUAGAUGUGUGCGCUAACAAUUCUGAAGUUAAAGAGCUCUGCGUGAUGGGAUCCUGGCUCACUCCGUUCCUUCAAUCGGUCUACCUCUUUGUCCAGUACAUAAUUAUGGUCAACCUCCUCAUUGCCUUUUUCAACAAUGUAUACUUGCAAGUGAAAGCGAUUUCCAAUAUUGUAUGGAAAUACCAGCGUUAUCAUUUCAUUAUGGCUUAUCAUGAGAAGCCUGUCCUGCCUCCGCCUCUUAUCAUUCUUAGUCACAUGGCUUCUCUGUGCUGUUGCAUGUGCAAGCGAAGGAAGACAGAUAAAACUUCAGACGGACCAAAACUGUUUUUAACAGAAGAGGAUCAGAAAAAGCUACACGAUUUUGAAGAGUUAUGUGUUGAGAUGUAUUUCAAUGAAAAAGAUGACAAGUUCCAUUCAGGGAGCGAAGAAAGAAUUAGAGUCACUUCUGAACGGGUGGAGCAAAUGUGCAUUCAGAUCAAGGAAGUUGGUGACCGAGUCAACUAUAUCAAGCGUUCCUUGCACUCCCUAGAUACGCAAAUUGGCCACUUACAGGACCUUUCGGCGCUCACGGUGGACACUUUGAAGACGCUGACAGCACAGAAGGCGUCAGAAGCUAGCAAGGUCCAUAAUGAGAUUACGCGGGAACUGAGUAUUUCCAAACAUUUGGCGCAGAACCUCAUUGAUGACGGUCCCCUGAGAUCUUCCAUGUGGAGGAAACACAGUAUCAGCAACGCAUUUGGCUCCUCUUUCCCCCAAGGAGGCCUUGAAAGUAACAGUGCUGUACUGUGCAACAUUUCUAUGCAAGAUGAAAGAGAUCCUGGACAGAAGAUGACUGAUCUCCCCAACAGGAAUGAAGUCAACGUUCCGGAGGCAGGUUCCUCUGGCAGUGCCUUAAUCCCAAGAGCUCUUUCUCCUCCAGAACUCCGUCAAAGGAUACAGGGUACAGACUUACCAAGGAGCGGUCAUAAAAGCAAGAAGGCGGGCAGUUCCUCGAAAAGCAUGCCACAUCUGACGACCCCGACAGCAAAAUUUUUCGUCAGCACUCCUUCUCAACCCAGUUGCAAAAGCCAGUUGGAAGCUGCAGCCAAGGACGAGGCGAAGGCCGCCGACACAGAUAACAUGGUUGAAUUUGGUGCCUUUGUGGGUCACAGAGACAGCAUGGAGCUACAGCGAUUUAAAGACACUGAGUUUAAGAGCAAAGAAAAAAAUGACACAAUUGAGGAGCAACAGGAAGAUUUCAAAAAAGCGAUUUUGGAAGGCAAGGAGACAACAAAGCACCAGGGCAGCAGCGGCACUGAAAGCAAUCUGAGACAGGUUAGUUCAUGUGGUGGCUUUACCGAAUAUCAUCGAAGCUUGAUAACCGGCCAUUCAGAGCAACAGCACAAUAAGAGCAGAAGGACAUCGGUUGAGGAUUCUCCUCAGUCAGAUUCCAAGGCAGCCUUACUCACGGAUUGGGUACAAGGCCGUCCUUCCUACAGCAAUCAGAGGUCUGAAGAAGAUGCACUGAAUGGUAUUGGUUCCCCUUUCAAACCCAUCAUGGAUACCACCUACUACUACUCAGCUGUUGAAAGAAAUAAUCUGAUGAGGUUGUCACAGAGCAUACCAUUCACCCCUGUGCCUCCAAGAGGAGAACCAGUCACUGUGUAUCGUCUCGAAGAAAGUUCUCCCAGCAUCUUGAACAAUAGCAUGUCUUCCUGGUCUCAACUGGGUCUUUGUGCCAAGAUUGAAUUCCUAAGCAAGGAGGAGAUGGGAGGAGGUUUGCGACGAGCCCUCAAAGUGGUCUGUACCUGGUCCGAGUACGAUAUCCUGAAGUCGGGCCAUCUUUAUAUCAUCAAAUCUUUUCUACCUGAAGUUAUCAAUACUUGGUCGAGCAUUUACAAAGAAGAGACAGUGUUACAUCUCUGUUUACGAGAAAUCCAGCAACAGAGGGCAGCGCAGAAGCUCACAUUUGCAUUCAAUCAGAUGAAGCCCAAGUCAAUUCCAUAUUCUCCAAGAUUCCUGGAAGUGUUCCUCUUAUACUGCCAUUCAGCCGGGCAGUGGUUUGCCGUUGAGGAGUGCAUGACGGGGGAGUUCAGGAAGUACAAUAACAACAACGGGGACGAGAUCAUCCCGACCAACACGCUGGAAGAGAUGAUGCUGGCUUUUAGCCACUGGACCUACGAAUACACUCGAGGGGAGUUGCUGGUCCUGGAUCUUCAAGGUGUUGGUGAAAAUUUGACAGACCCCUCUGUGAUAAAAGCUGGAGAAAAAAGGUCAAGCGAUAUGGUAUUUGGGCCUGCCAAUCUGGGAGAAGAUGCCAUAAAGAACUUCAGAGCAAAGCACCACUGCAAUUCAUGCUGCAGGAAGCUGAAACUCCCAGAUUUGAAGAGGAAUGAUUACACCCCUGACAAAAUCCUACUGCCUCAGGAUGAUUCUCCAGAACUGACCAUUCAGCCUGGGAGCUGCACCAAAGAAUCCGGCUCCGCGAGUUCAAGUCACCUGAUGCUGUAG